AUGACAUUUACUCAAUACAGUCAUCUGCCGAUUCGUGGACGGACAGAAUCGAGAGAGAAACCCUAUCUGAACGACUUUUGUAAUCUGAGCAUUGUAACUAAUAGCGAAUUGACGGUAAACCCGCGUACGUACACAGAUGAAAAACCGUACCGAUGUGAUGUCUGUCAUAAAUCGUUUAAUCAAAAUAGCCACCUGACUAUACACAAGCGAACGCAUACGGGUGAAAAACCCUACGCAUGUGAGAUAUGUGACAAGAAGUUGAUCAGUAAGAGUGCACUAACUAUACACCAGCGGACGCAUACGGGUGAAAGACCGUACCGAUGUGAAGUUUGCAAUAAGUCGUUCACUCAAAACAGCCACCUGACUAUACACAAGCGAACGCAUACGGGUGAAAAACCCUACGCAUGUGAGAUAUGUGACAAGAAGUUGAUCAGUAAGAGUGCACUAACUAUACACCAGCGGACGCAUACGUGGGAAAGACCGUACCGAUGUGAAGUUUGCAAUAAGUCGUUCACUCAAAACAGCCACCUGACUAUACACAAGCGAACGCAUACGGGUGAAAAACCCUACGCAUGUGAGAUAUGUGACAAGAAGUUGAUCAGUAAUAGUGCACUAACUAUACACCAGCGGACGCAUACGGGGGAAAGACCGUACCGAUGUGAAGUUUGCAAUAAGUCGUUCACUCAAAACAGCCACCUGACUAUACACAAGCGAACGCAUACGGGUGAAAAACCCUACGCAUGUGAGAUAUGUGACAAGAAGUUGAUCAGUAAUAGUGCACUGACUGAACACCGGCGGAUACAUACCGGUGAAAAACCCUACGCAUGUGAGAUAUGUGACAAGAAGUUCAUCAAUAGUAGCAAACUGACUGUACACCAGCGGACGCAUACGGGUGAAAGACCGUACCGAUGUGAAGUUUGCAAUAAGUCGUUCACUCAAAACAGCAACCUGACUAUACACAAGCGAACGCAUACGGGUGAAAAACCCUACGCAUGUGAGAUAUGUGACAAGAAGUUGAUCAGUAAGAGUGCACUAACUAUACACAAGUGGACGCAUACGGGUGAAAAACCCUACGCAUGUGAAAUAUGUGACAAGAAGUUUAUCGGUAAUAGCAAACUGACUGUACACCAGCGGACACAUAUGGGUGAAAGACCGUACCGAUGUGAUUUAUGCAAUAAGUCGUUCUCUCAAAGCAACAAUCUGACUACACACCGGCGGACACACACAGGGGAAAAACCAUACCGGUGUGAUGUGUGCGAAACAUCAUUCUCUCAAAGCUGCAGUCUGACCAGACACCAGAGAACGCACACGGGUGAAAAACCGUACCGAUGUGACGUGUGUGAUAUGGUAUUCUCUCAAAGAAUGUUACUGAAUAUACACAAGCGGAUGCAUACGGGUGAAAAAAAAAGCACAAGUGUGACAAAUGAUGUCAGUGGCAUGUCCUUGGGACAGUCUGACGAGUCACAAUAA